AUGGAUAACCGCCGCCAAAUAUCGAGUAAUUUAAUCAGUGCCAGGGAGUCGCUGGCUGGUCGCUGUCACCGGUAUCCCGGCGACUUGCAAGUCGCUGCUAAGAUCAUCGCUAGCCCACAGCGAGUGUAUGAGUUGGACCAAAGACAUACUUCAGAAUAUUUAGGGCAAUGUCUUUCAUCUAUUUGUGAAGAAUGGAAUAUUUCUGAUUUAAAAAUCACAACUGUAGUUACAGACAACGGAGCAAAUAUAGUAAAAGCUGUGUCUGACUUAUUUGGGAAAAACAGGCAUCUGCCCUGUUUUGCACAUACGCUAGAUCUGGUGGCAUCAAAAAUUACUGACAGUGAAGAUGUAAAGCCUCUUGUUGUUAAAGUUAAAUCUAUUGUAACUUAUUUUAAGCAAAGCAUGGAUGGCCCUCUCCGCAUGAUCGAAACUAUAUACAUCUGGCAUAUAUGACGAUAGACUGUCUUCAUCCAGUGGAGCAGCGGAGACCGACUGCUACUCAUGUUCAUCGGCAGGAUCGCGAAGUGGAUGACCAAUACGGCUUUAAGUGUAAAUGAACUGGGAAAUCUAUUGUUAGAAUCAAAAUAAUGAAAUUACGGACGCUAACUUUUGACAGACAAAUGUAGUAAAUACGACCCCGACCGCCCACGGUCGGCACGCCGGUGGUCGAUUGAGGCCAGUCUGUGCGUAACGCUCGAGUAGUACGGAGCCUGUUGUGAUCUGUGUUUUGCAAUUGUUUACAUUGUCUUAUCUCUGUAAUUCUUACACUAUGAUGAGUAAAUUAUGGUAAAUCUAAUAGUUGCGUAAAACUACUGCGACUGGAGA